CUGUCGUCUGUCAGUCGCCGCGGCAACAACAACACAACAGUCACGUGGACUUCUGGACGGGGAUGUGUGACGCUGUGUUCAAAGGCUACCUCCCCGACCUUAAACUGUCCCGUCAGUGUGGCUCAUUGGUCUGGCUCGUGGCCCAGCAGCGUGCAGCCAUGGGAAGGACGUUCUGCCUGUGCGGGUGCUUCUUCACGAACAACUACUUCAUCAGGGAGUACGAGAUGCACGUCAGGUUCCUCAGUGGCGAACAAUUUCUGCGGGACUACAAGCAGAACCUGUUGUCCAGGAGUUGCUACAGACCAGAGAGACUCAUUCCUCAGUUAGAAGAGGAGCAGAACCGCCGCAAGUGUCUUGAGAAGGAGACCAGCAAGCGACGCAAGCUGGUGCUGGAGCAGUACAAGCCACGACACCCUCACCUGUACACUCUACAGCAAUCCUUCCUGGACAGCAAGUUUUUGGAGCUGGUGCAGACAGCCCAGCAGGACCAGCAGACCCCCGAGGGCCUCACACUACUGACAGACCACCAGCAGCGCAUCUACUCCUUCCCAGUCUUCACCAAGGAGUUCUGUAAAGAGUUAGUGGAGGAGUUAAUGCAUUAUGAAAAGUCACCCCUCGUCAAGAGUCGGCCAAACACCAUGAAUCAGUAUGGGAUCAAGUUGGAGGAGCUCGGCUUCACUGACUUUGUGAGCAGCCUGCGAGAGGAGUACCUGAGCCCCAUCGCACGCCUCCUCUUCCCAGACUGGGGCGGCGAUGCCCUUGACUCCCACAAGGCCUUUGUGGUCACCUACAGAGAUGGGGAAGAUAUUGACCUGAGCUACCAUCAUGACAAUGCUGAGGUCACCCUAAAUGUAGCUCUGAAUGAUGAGUACACUGAGGGCGAUCUUUACUUUGGCCCGAUGAGGACAGAGCAGUCGUCACGGAGGACCGGGUACUCCCAUCAGCUGGGCCGAGGGGUGCUGCACCGGGGACAGCAAUACCACGGAGCGCUGCCUAUAAUGAGCGGUGUUAGACACAACCUCAUCAUCUGGAUGCGGUCGUCUGAGGUGAGGAACAUGCUGUGCCCCAUGUGUGACCAGCCACCCUCCAUGGUGCCAGUGCAGGAAGGCUUCGGGGAUGGGUUCACAGUGUCUCAGGAGGAUGUGUGUUCCCUCAACUGAGUGCCACACAGGAGAAAGUCAUCUGAGGAGUGCCUCCUGCAAUGUUCCUAAAGCACAUGUGAUAUAUUGGUAAGGAAGUCCAACCUUAACUUGUGAUACGUUAUUUUUGAAGAAAUUUGUUGUGCUUGUCUUCAAAUUGGUGCAGACAGUUGCGUUCAAAGAAUAUCAGACACAUUAGUGUUGUAUAUGAAAACUUCUUGUCUUUUAUGAGUGGCCAUGAAGAGGGAAUAAAAUAAAGCAUAUACUAGUUAUCAAUAAAGAGAUUCCAAAAGCAGGCAAAUGCAGAAGUUUUAGAGUUUGUACUGUUUGUAUUACUUUAUAUCAGUGACAACUAAAUGGAAUAAUCUGUACUAAAUGAGAUAUGGAUAUUUGUUAAUGCAUAAGAGGUUAUAUCCUGUACACGUGUGGGUCAUGAUAUCCCUUGUAGGCAACUGUACACUAGUUUCAAGUAGGAAGUAGUUACCCUGAGCAUGAAAUAAAAAAAAAAUAGUACUGUAGUGUAGCAUAUAUUUUAGUCUAUUAAGAAGUAAGAGGAAGGGAAGAGGCUGUGAACAUUUGGGGUGGCUGUGUAAUGUGGUGGGAUGUGAACCCUCCACAAAGUAGGCAGUGAGCUACAGCAAAAAGAGUACAUAUAUAUAUUUGUUUACCAAAGUUCUAGGCAGAGUCAGAGCCAUAAAAUAGAAGAGUUUGGCCAGCUUUAUCACAGGUGGCAAGUUGUUACUGAAAGACCCGUGUGAAAUUCAGAUUGAUCCCUCUCUCCCCUCCCUUCUUCCUCUUCCCUUCCCAUUCCCAUAUCUUCUCCCCUAUGCUCUCCUUUUCUCUUCUCCCCUCUCCUCCCUUCUUCUUCUUCCCUUCCCAUUCCCAAAUCUUCUCCCCUCACCUCUCCUUUUCUCUUCUCCCCUCUCCUCUCCUUUUCUCUCUUCUCCCCUCUCCUCCCUUCUUCUUCCCUUCCCAUUCCCAUAUCUUCUCCCUUCUGGUCUCCUUUUCUCUUCUCCCCUCUCCUCUCCUUUUCUCUUCUCCCCUCUCCUCCCUUCUUCUUCUUCCCUUCCCAUUCCCAUAUCUUCUCCCCUCUCCUCUCCUUUUCUCUUCUCCCCUCUCCUCCCUUCUUCUUCUUCCCUUCCCAUUCCCAUAUCUUCUCCCCUCUCCUCUCCUUUUCUCUUCUCCCCUCUCCUCUCCUUUUCUCUCUUCUCCCCUCUCCUCUUCCUCCUCCUCCUCCUACACCUACACUUGACUAAGCUAACCUAACCUAACAACCUAUCCUAUCCUAUCCUAACCUAACGCUGAUAGAAUAGUUUUUUUUUUUUUGUGUGUGUGUGUGUGUUCUCUAGGUAUUGCCAGGAUCUUGAAGGAGUAUCUAGAGCACACAAAAAAAACAUAAUUAUAUCAUCAUCAAUUUGAAUUUCAUGUGGCUCUUGGCAACAUGACUCCUGUGAUGAAGUUGGGCAAACUCUCCUAUUUUAUGUCUCUGAGCAAAGGAUGGCUGUGCAUACGCUUGGCUGUGGGUGUGUAAUGUGGCGGGGAUAGGAGCCCUUCACAAGCCUUCCCUGCCACCUUUCUGACGGUGCACUCAUGCCAGAAAACACUUGCCGUGAUAAUUAUAGUCGUAGAUUAGAUCAGUAUAUUUUCUGAAGCGUCUGAUGGUUCACUAUUUUUCUUCUGUGAUGCUUCAUACAAACGUCAGUGUCCUUGUUGGUAUGCUUAAGGUCUGCCAGUACCUUAGCAUUGUUGAGUUGAAUUGGGAGAGUUUAGAUAUGGUGUUAAUGUUAUUUCUGCUUGUUUAUCUUUAUUUGAAUAUAUAUACAUCAAAUAGUUCUAAGAUGUUGAGAAAAUCCAAUAUAGAAUCAUCAGGAUAUGUUAUUGACAGUGUUAUCAGUGAAGUGGUAAUUGAAUGGUCUAGAGUAUUUAUGAAAAUUUGCUCAUAACAUUUCACUCAGUACGUAUAUCUGGGUAAAAACUGAUCUAGAAUACUGAACUGCAUCGUCAACUCAGUAAAAGUCGCUGAAAAACGAAGGAAUGGUUGUAUCUCUAAAGUUACACAUCACUGGUAAUUUUCAGCGCUCCUUUGCUUUCUGCUCAUAUCUAAUACUUCUUGGGAACUCCUUACAUAAUGUUACCUGAAAAAACAGA